UCUGACGAUAGUUGGAGAUCGGCUUCGGAUGUACCUGUCUUACCGGCAGCGGCGUCCUCUCCGAUAUCGACCAAUUUUCAUUGGACAAACUUGGACCUGGAUGAGGAUAUUCCGUCGGUUGAGAAUGGCGGUCCCGUGACGACUCCAAACUCAACGAUAACAAGUAAGGCAAAGAAACGGGAAUCAAUGACGCCUCGGGCGAACCGUGUGUUGCAGUUUCCCGACCGAGGUUUGCCAUCCGGUCCGAGAUGUAUAUGUGGUAUGCUUUGCUUAAGAGCUUUACCAGUAACGAAUACAUCACGCUCGUCUCUGGCAACGACAUGUCGACCAACUUGACCCGGAACGAUGCCAGACCAUCGCCUUCGCUCUAUUCGGCUUUCUCUGUGAACGGAACCGGCAGUAAAGCCGAAUGGGCCAGGAUCUGGCGGUCACUCGAGAUCAAGAUCCAGGACGUCAAGGACCUCAAUCUUGUCUCACCGUCAUGGGCUGCCGAAUCGAUUGGGCUAGUCAGUCGGCCAGUGCCCCCCAAACGAGGCAUGUUGAGGAGCAUCUCGAGCGGAUUCGGACAAUCGCUCAAGGGGCUUAUCGACGAGGAGGAGGUUCGGCAGAAACAGGAGGACACGUUGUACUGGAGCAUAUCAGUGGAUGGGCAGACCAUGGCGAGGACGCCGAAGAGACGAGUGGAUACCACGACCUGGACCGAGGUGGUCAAGCUCGAAGACAUCGACGAAUGGCACAAGUGCACUUUGCGACUCUAUCGCCGGACACGCUUCUCGAAUCAGGACCCCGAGACCGUUUGUCUCGGCUACGUCCGUGUCGACGCACGGGACCUUGAUGCGGAUCAGACGUACGAGAAGAAGCUUCCCCUGCUAGCGUUCCUCACGUCCGAUGUACUAGGGCAAGUCCGGUUGACCAUCAAGUCGGAUCAGCUUAACAUCAAGGGUCUGGCGGCGUACGACGUUAUAACUGAAGCGAUACAAUCGGGCGACGCCAAACGGAUCUACAAGGUGGCCGAAAAUGCCUCUGCCGAAGGUGGUGCUCCUGCACUAUGCCGUAUAGCACUCUCAAAGGGUCUGCUUGAACCUCUCAUCUGCGCUCUGAUCGACGAGGAAGUGCAAACUCCAUCCGCCACCUUGUUCCGAUCAAAUACCCCUCUUACUCGUUGUCUGGAGUACAUCAUGCGGAUACAGGCCGUCGAUUACGUUCGGGACACGAUCGGAGAUGAAAUGCGCAAUUUGUGUAGCGAUACGUCUCUAGAAUCGGGCCCAAUUAGCGGUGCUUCAGAUGUAUUGGUGGCUGUGAGCAGGAUCUGGGACAAGAUAUAUAUGUCUCGUCACGAGUUCCCUCCCAAUCUGCGCUGGGUGUUCUCUUACCUGCUCAAGGCAGUCGCUCGGCAUCAUCCGAAUAAUAAACCGCUUCAGUUGCACUCGGUUUCGGCUUUCAUCUUUUUGCGUCUGAUCGGACCGUGCAUCAUGUGGCCAGAGACUUUUGGCAUCGUCGACUUCCACCCUAGAGAAGAGGUCGAGCAAAAGUUGAAGGCCAUCGCGAAAUCGCUCAUCAACCUGGGUUUCCUAAUCGAGCCAAAGGAAGGUGACCGAUCGCCACUGGAUGCUCAUUUCUCAGGCGAUUUCCAUAGGGAUAAUGUGGCAGCGAUGAUGGAUUACCUUGCUGUCUGUGCUAGUUGCGACUCCCCUUUAUACACCAACGAGGACGAUUCCCACCCCAAUCUUCAGAUUGCGCUCCAGACCCGUCGAGCCGCCUUGAUGCCGUCCCAUACCGAUAGCGAGGCCGUUCUGCAUGUCACGCGGCCGCUCCUGGUUGAUGUUGCCAAGGACACGGCUUGGCUCUACCGGAUCCGACAGCAAAAAAGCGCUGCAGAAGCUCGGAAGGAUUCGGCUGCGUCGAGUGCGCCCAAGAUGCGGACCGUCUCGAUGACGUCGAGUCAGUCUGGGCAGUCGGUAUCGAUCGAUUCUAGUCCGCAAAGCAGGACAUCUAUCUUACCUACUACAAACGAAGGCGAACCAAACCCACCCGAACCUAAACGAAAAUCACGCCGACCGGGAUCAUCAUCGUCCCGUCCGGUCCUCGUUGGACCCCCACCUAUCAUUGGACAGCGGACGAGCAGCAUCAACCGACAACCGGUCAAGAUGGUCUCUCUAGGACAGCCCAUAUAAUUCUACUUGCUUGCCUGCCAAAUUGCACCUAUUGAUGACACCUUCUUGCCCCUCCCAUGUCUACUAACGAAAUAUCACGACGAAAGGAUGCAAUUAUGUAACUAGUCAUCUUUGCAGUGCAAAAUAGGACCAUGUUUGUUUGUUUACUUUGUGGUGGUGGUGACCGAGCUGGAAUGUUGCGCUUGAAACCUUAACACGGCGAGGCGUGCCAUCAGCCCUGCUUUGCAACUUCAUCUACUUCAUUCCGGUCCAGACGAACAUUUUGCUGUAUUCACCUACCUCAUAUACCUCCUGUUCUCAUCACACCCGGCGAUACCUCCUAUAAUCUGACUCAUA